AUGUCGCCCUCAGACAAGCCCACCUCUCUCGGCGCAACCUUCCAGAAGCUCGAUCUCUCCGGCCACGACCUCCCGCCCACGCCCGCCCCCUCCACGCCCACAAACGGCCGCAAAUACGCCCUCGCCACCGAACUUGUCUACACCGAGCACUCUGACCAGUACAAUGCCUCUUCCAUGCCCAUCUACCAAACUGCAACAUUCAAGCAGACAUCAAACUCCGGCGGCCUCGAGUAUGACUACACCCGCUCUGGCAACCCCACCCGCUCGCACCUCGAGCGCCAUCUGGCAAAGAUCAUGUCUGCGGCCCGCACGCUCGUCGUCUCCUCCGGCAUGGGCGCCCUCGACGUCAUCACCCGUCUCCUACGCCCGGGCGACGAGGUCAUCACCGGCGAUGACCUCUACGGCGGCACAAACCGCCUCUUGACCUACCUUGCCACCCACGGCGGCAUCAUCGUCCACCACAUUGACACCACCGAUGUCGCCUCCAUUGAGCCCGUCCUCUCCGAGAAGACCGCAAUGGUCCUCCUCGAGACACCCACCAACCCCCUCAUCAAGAUCGUCGACAUCGCCGGCAUCGCCGCCGCCGCCCACAAGGUCUCGCCAAAGGCCGUCGUCUGCGUCGAUAAUACUAUGAUGAGUCCCUGGCUCCUGAACCCACUCGACCUCGGCGCCGACAUCGUCUACGAGUCGGGCACCAAGUACCUCUCCGGCCACCACGACCUCAUGGCCGGCGUCAUCGCCGUCAACGACCUCUCGCUCGGCGAUCGCCUCUACUUCACCAUCAACGCCUCGGGCUGCGGGCUGUCGCCCUUCGACUCGUGGCUGCUGCUCCGCGGCGUCAAGACGCUCGGCGUGCGCAUGGAGAAGCAGCAGGCGAAUGCCAUGGCCAUUGCGACGUUCCUCGAGGGGAUGGGCUUCAAGGUACGCUACCCGGGGCUGAAGAGUCAUCCGCAGUAUGAGCUGCACUGGAGCAUGGCGAGGGGCGCCGGCGCGGUGCUGAGCUUCGAGACGGGGGAUGUGACGGUGUCGGAGCGCGUGGUGGAGGCGACGAGGCUGUGGGCGAUUAGUGUGAGUUUUGGGUGUGUCAAUAGUUUGAUUAGUAUGCCUUGUCGUAUGUCGCAUGCUAGUAUCGAUGCGAAGACUCGUGCGGAGCGUAACAUGCCGGAGGACAUCAUCCGCCUCUGCGUGGGUAUCGAAGACGUCGACGACCUAAUUGACGACCUCCGCACCGCCCUCGUCCAAGCCGGCGCCGUCAUCGUCAACGUUGAUGGCAUCCGCGCCGGGAAGCCAUCCGAUGGGCUCGUCUUGGGCUCUGAAUAG